GGCGAACGGAAGAGCGCGGCACGGCGGGCCGGGGCGGGCCGGCGCCAGAGCGGGGCCCACAGCGAGGCGGACAUGGCGUCGCAGCCGCCGCCUCCGAAACCUUGGGAGAAUCGGCGGCUGGCGGGUGCCGUGGCGCCGGCCUUCCAGUCUGCCGACUUGGGUGACAACGUGCUGACCAGGCCUGGACAACCCACAGCUGCACGAAUACCUCCACCUAUUUUGCCAAGACCAUCGCAGCAAAUGGGAAGCAGUAGUCUGAGUACUUUCAGGCCAGCAUAUACUAGUUCUUUUUCUCCAGGCUAUGGUUCAUAUGGAACCUCUUUUUAUGGAAGCUAUAGUCCUUACAGUUAUGGAUAUGGUGGUUUGGGUUAUAACCGCUUCCGUGCAGAUGAUAUUCCCCCCAGCAGGUUUGUCCAGCAGGCUGAAGAGAGCAGCAGAGGCGCAUUCCAGUCCAUUGAAAGUAUUGUGCAUGCCUUCGCCUCGGUCAGCAUGAUGAUGGAUGCUACCUUUUCAGCUGUGUACAACAGUUUCAGAGCUGUGUUGGAUGUAGCAAAUCACUUCUCCCGCCUCAAAGUACACUUCACAAAGGUGUUUUCAGCUUUUGCUUUAGUGAGAACUAUAAGAUACCUCUACCAACGUUUACAACGAUUGCUAGGUCUGCGGAAGAGCUCUGAGAACGAAGAUUUGUGGGCUGAAAGUGAGGGGACAGUAGCUCGUGUCGGUCUUGACGACAAGGCUAACUCAGCAAAAUCCUGGCCCAUUUUCUUGUUCUUUGCUGUUAUCUUGGGAGGUCCCUAUCUGAUUUGGAAGCUGCUUUCUACAUACAGUGAUGAAGAAACAGUAUCCAGUAACUGGGCAAGUGGAGAAGAUGAUCACGUAGUUGGAAGAGCAGAAUAUGAUUUCAAUGCUCUCUCAGAAGAAGAAAUUUCUUUCCAUGCUGGUGACAUGCUAAAAUUAGCACCCAAAGAACAACAGCCCAAAAUCCGUGGUUGGCUUUUGGCUAGUUAUGAUGGCCAAACAACAGGACUUGUGCCAGCUAAUUACAUAAAAAUCCUGGGCAGAAGAAGAGGUAGGAAAACAGCAGACCUGGAAAGGAUUACAGAGCAACGACCAGCCUUUUCUGGCACAUCUGUUACAGGAUCCAGUGCUACUGUGACUUUAGAGGAGCAGGAAGCUGCUUUUAAUUCUGCUUUUGCUGGAAGUAAUAAAGAUCCUGUUGCAUCUGAAUCUGCUGCGGUUGGCGGAGAAAAACAGGAACUCUAAUGCGCUUUCAUCAACAAAGCAACUGAACUGUGCUUUAGUGAUACUUUUAAAAAAAUCAGGAUUUGUGGAAAAUCUCUUUGUCGUGGAACACUGAUGGGUUUAUACCAGUUCUUGCUGCUGCCGACUGGUGGAGGGAUGAAGAAAUGACUGCUCAAAUUUGUAGUAUUUAUUUUUGACUCAUCUAAGGCUGUACAUUAGUGAUUUUACCCAACCACCCGGUAGCAACUUAGAUCUUGAGAGAGGAGAAUUGAGACAUUUCUUUAAAAAGCAAACAACAGAAAAAUAAAGUAGGCACUGCUGGCCUAUUCUUGUUGAGUCAAGCUGUCGGUUAAACCUGGGAAUAAUAGCCAGUCUUCACUGAAAUGUCAUUUUGACAGAGACAUCUUCAGUACAUGUGCAAAGGGUAAGAUGCCCUCCAAAACUCGAUGCAGAGGUGUUAGUAACAGUGCAUUGAUUCCCCCUGAAAAGGGGGAGAAUUGCAAGAGAUUUAGGUGACGCAAUAGAACAAUUAGAAGUUGGAAAUUUCUUGCUUUUCCUAAGAAGCAGGCUUGCUGUCAUAUAGACCUGAGCCCUUAGGAAAAAGGGACUUGUGAGAAAGGGAGAAGUAGAGUUUACAAAAAAAGAGUGAUGAGGCUUCAACAGUAGUUUCAACCAAUUCUCUUUUCUUUAUUGAACAUUAAAAUAAAGGGUAUCCUGCAGUCAGGUGCUUUCCAACUCAUUUAUUAGUCGUUACUCCCUUCUGACUGCAUCAGUCCUAGCUGUUUCAUGCUGUAACCUCUUGACUGUCUAUCGAUAAUCUUACUAACUACCAUCAGCAUCUCAAUUUAUCCCUGUUCUUUAUUUGUUUUAGAUGAAUGUCAAAGUAUCUAUCCUACCUUAAAGUGCAGUAGGAAAACACUGGGUUGGGGGCAAGUGUAAUGUAAUCCCAGAGACAAAGGUAACAUUUUUCACUUAGCUUGUCUCAGUCAGCUAAGAUUGUGUAAUUAUGCUGCCUUUUGGAUGGUUUUGCAUCUGCCCAUAUAAUUUGAGGGCUUUGGUUUAUCAAAAGCCAUAAAAAUGUUAUAACUGUUCAAAGUAUUUAGUAUUCUCUUCAUAUUGGUGUUUGAGAAUUCUGUAUUGAAAUACUAAGUUUGUUUGGGUUUGUUUUGGUUCUUUUUAAAUGAAGCCAGGAUAAUUAAACCCCUUUUCCUUGUGGUAUAUAUGUACAAUAUAUUGAGCUUCUGAAGGGUAUAGUGAUGGAUAUAAAAUAACUAAAGCUUGUUUUGAUCAUUAAAAUAGUUUUUCUUCUUUAAAAGGUACUCAGAAGUAUUAGUAAAAGGUAGGUUACAUGCCUUUGCUUAAGUGAUCCAGUAGUUCCAGUUUGUUUCUACAGAGAUCAUCACCUGUCCUGUGCUAGCAAAGGCUUCAAUGUUAUACUUUAAUUGCAUUUGCUGGUCUUCAGUUCUUAAAAUUCUGUUCACCACAACAAAACUCUGACAAGAAAAAAUAGAAGUGAGCACAGUUGUGUUCAUGUGGCUGAAAAGACACAUUAGUCUGGAGCCUUGAACUUUAAGGUAAUCUCUAAAUGCCUGUUGUUGACAGUUAGAUCAAGAACUUAAAUCACUGUAUUCAUGUAUUGAGAUAUGGUGCAGAGAAUCAUUUUUACUGAAUUGUUAGAUCUUCAAGUACUAAGAAAAAGGGAAGACGACAAAUGAGAAACUAAACUAACUUUAGUAGGUUUAAAACAGAAUAUGGUUUCCCUGUCUUCCAGAGCAUUGAGGAGAAGUGUCUCUAUUUGGAAAUUACAUCUGUUGUUGAAAUAAAAGUAGCAGACAAUCCUGAAAUACAAAGUACAGAGAGGAAAAAGGAGGAGAGGGGACUAUUGAAUGUACAGCUCUACUUAGAGUGUGUAUUUGUGGAGAGUGUUAAUUUACUGCCAUGAGAUUUAAUUAAUGGACUAUCAACCUCUCUUAGUGGCAGAUUUCAGUCAGAGGAAGGGCCUUUAACAUAGUAAAUAAUGUUUUGUAGAUUAUCCAUUCAAGCAGACUGCUCUUUUCCAGCUCUGAACAAGUUGGGAUGAGAAUACUAUGAUGUUUGUUAGGAAUCUUUAAAUCUUAGUAAUUUUUAGAAGGAUGAAUUUUAUUUCACUUUCAGGUCAUACUAUUUUGAAAGCAAUUAUUAGGAGGAGAGUUUAUUAAUAAUUUAACCAAUUUAUCUUUAUAACAGUUUGACUUGGUCUGCCAAUUGCUGUCAUUACUACAUCUGCUAAAUCUUGACAAGAAUUUUUAUUCGAUCUAGUGAUUAAUGGGGGAAAUGGGCUCCGAAGAAAUUAAAUUAUUUUACUCACAAUUAAUUGUACCAAUUACAGAAGAGUAUUAAAAUGUAUUGGGGUAAAAUAAAUACCAUGCUUUAA